AGAAACGCGUAAAGCAUUGGUUAAAAUGUAACCAGACUUGAUGUAUUUUAAGAGGGAGGGGCCACAUACAUGAACAAAAGUCAAGGCAGAAUUAGGAGCAGCGCAGACAGCAGAAAACCCUUACCCACAGAAGAAGAGACUAACCUAAACAGCAAGAUGGUUCCAGUGUUGAUGUUCUUCAUGGCUGCGCUGGUAGCUGCAGAUGAGACAUUAACUGAGAUCUCAGCUCCAGCGGAGUCUGUCUCUCCCUCUGUGGUGCACUGUGACACUUACACAUACUGUCCCGAUGGAACAACAUGCUGUCGUAGUCCUUACGGCCAGUGGUUCUGCUGUCCAUUCUCUAUGGGUCAGUGCUGCAGAGAUGGAAUUCAUUGCUGUCAACAUGGCUAUCAUUGCGAUUCUACAUCAACCCGUUGUUUGAGAGGGUGGAUGGAUCUGCCAUCUUCCGUCCAGGCGGCUUCCAAAGCGAACCAGAAAACUGAGUUUGUGCUCCUGGAUAAGGAUCUUGAAAGGCAGAAUCAGGCUGAGAUUGUACAGUGUGAUGGAAAUGUCUACUGCUCAGCUGAGAAGUUCUGCUGCAAGACCCGAGAUGGCCAGUGGGGGUGCUGCAGAGGACCAUUCCUGUAAGGACAGUAAACAACCCGUGACCAUAUUCACCUGUUACCACAGAUUACCCCAAUAGACGUGAUAUAAUGUGAUGAACACAAAAAUUAUAAACCAAAUUGUCAAUAAAUAAAUAAACUUUU